AUGCAUCUUGGGAGGACAUGGCUUCGGGACACCUUUCUCCUGACACUGUUGCUGCGUAGCGCUGCUGGAAAUCAGAGCGACCCAUGUGCGAAGGCACUGCUUUUGGUUGCCCACCGCGAUGACGAGACUUUCUUUGCAGGCGAGGCGCUUUUGGGACGCAAAGCCUCGCUGCCCUGGGAUUGUCGCAGGGCCUGGUGGCACGUGGUCGUGGUUGCUGGGGCAGACAACCCCGCAACUCGUCAGGAGCUGCACGCUGUCUUGAACAUCGCGAGGUCGCACACGCUAGCCGCAAUCAUUGUGGAGGAGGUUUGGGACUAUGAUGACUGCAACAUGGCGUACUGCGCACGCUUUGUAGGUGGCAGCUUGCCGAUAGAGCAGCGCUUGAAGGAUCUUCUCACAUCAGGCAACUGGGACUAUGUGGUGACUCACAACGAGCACGGAGAGUAUCAUCAUUGGCAACAUGUUGGCCUGCACAUGGCAGUCCGUGAUGCGCUUCAAACGAUGCCGAACCCGCCACAGAUGCUGGUGUUCAAUCCCAUCCCUGAGCUGAACGUGUCUGUAAGCCCCGGCAAGGCUCGCAUGCUGGAGGCAUACAUGAAGGCGAUACCGACUCCCGCGCGCAGGAUGACUGUGCAGGGUCUUGGGAGGUACACCGAGCACUUGGUACCAGUGGAGGCGUUCAUCCGGCCAAAGCCACUAGGCGUUGCCUUCGCACACAAUAUGCUGAGCAUAGACCUGCCGUUCAUGUAUAGCUGGGUUAUGAUGCCCGGUGGUAAACAUCCGAAGUUUUCGUCGCAGGAGUGCCUGGAGCUGGUAAAGGUUUUGUUCGACCUCACGUGGUUCAACAGCUGCGGGCGACGUCACACUCCACAGUACCCAGAGGUUUGCAGAGAGUUGAAGAAGGAGAAGGACGAGAUUUCUCCCCGGCUGGCUACUUUGUUUGGGGACUUUGAGGACAUGGUGCACCUUGACGAGGCUCGAGGCGUCUCGGAGCCCACACCCGGCUCCCCGACUCUCAGGUGCUCCAGAAUGCAACGAAUUGGCUCCUUUGGCGAAGUUGUUGGCUGGGAGAUUUCUGCAGAGGUACAACAGCCUUGCUACUUUGCAUUGAUGGUGCUUCGGAGGAUUACGGUUGGCUGGAAGAAGGGCUACAAGGGCCGCACAUACAAAAUACUUCGAACAACCACGCCUAAGUUGCUCACCACUGUUCGCAAGGAGGUGCACUGGCCAGAAGUUGAUCCCCUUCGCGUUCAGCCAGACGAUGUCGUUGGUUGGCAGCUUUUCCUACGGGCUGGUGAUGACCUGAACUUGUACCCGGCAAUGCCAGAAGACAUGGCAGAUGAGUUCUGCAUUGGUGGACGGGGCUGUGAUGAGGCCGGCCUCUGCACUUUCGACAUCAAGCCUCCCGAGGAGCUGAUGCCAGAUGCACGUGUGCAGAAGGUCUCAGUUCGAGUGGCCCCACGGCGCUGGCAACGACCAUCGGAAGCGAGUCCGUUCUUCGAAGUGAUGCCCGCUUUGAACAUCUCUGAGUAUGUCGAUGCCGAUACCACAUACGAGGAGCUCAUGACCAUACGGCAGAAGCUUGACCAUUCUGAUCUGGGCAUCUUCGAGGACAAGAUCCGCUUGCGAACGGAACUCUUGCCAGCCGCCGGAGUUCUUGCCACACCAAGCAUACACCUUUCCAACACCGACUUCGACAUUGCCCACCUCAUAGAAGGGCGGCACAGCUACGUGGUCAAGCCAUCGCACAUGUCCGAGUCGCAGAACGUCUUCGUAAUGCACAAUGGUAUCAACCUGCUGCGUCAAGCAUGGGGUUGGCCGGGGCAGUCGCCCAUCGAGGAGAUCCAGGCGGCUGUCUACGAGUUCUCCCAACAGAAAGCGCUUGACUGGGAGUGCAAGGCGCUGGUGGCGACCAAGCCUGGAGUUAUAGUGGAGGAGCUUGUUCUUGCUGAGGUGGAUGGUGGCCGCUUCACUGUUGACGAAUUCAAGUUUUAUACUGUUUUUGGCCAAGUGGCUUUUGGAGAGGAGAUCUUUUCCUCGGCGGGCACCGUCAUGGAGAUUGACCGUGAUGGGCGGAUUCUAACAAACAAGAUGGAGUGCCCUCCUUUUUGUGUACGCUCCUGCUACACACGAAUGGUGGAGAUCGCUGAAAAGGUGGCAACUUAUGCGCGCGCUGACUUUCUACGAGUGGAUGUGCUGGUCGAGGGGAACUGCGACGGUCUGUAUGUAAGCGAGGUGGAGCUUUUCCCGGCGAGUGAUUUCAGCCCUUUCCUCAAGGCCGCUGUUGCGGCUCGAUGGCGUCAAGGCUAUGCCGUCUAG